AUCUAUUGAUUGGGUCACCAACCCUAUCAAUACUUAUUAACUUGCUGUUUAGAAACCAGCCUGAGUUAUGACGCCCCACAUCUAGCCAACACUCCGGCUGGCACGCCGCAAGGCCACGUCUAAGGGGCUCAAGGUUCAUCUCCGCUGUCAGAGUCCAGAUAAUGUCGGCUAUAAGCUGCUGAAUUGCCGGACGAGACGCAGUUUGUCAGGAAAAUGGACGUGGAGAACAGUCGCCGCCGGUCCGCCGGUACGAGCACCCUGGAAAAGGCUCUGAUAUUCCUCUUCGUGGCCAUGACCCUUGCCUGCAUCGGCCUCGUGGUCGUCUACUUCACUGACAAACCGACCUCUUCCACUUAUGCAGGCCCAGAUUCUGGGUGCGGUGGUCCGCAGCAGCUGACCGGAGAGUCGGGCACCUUCACCAGCUUUAACUACCCCAGCAGCUACGACAAUGGAAAAAGCUGCACCUGGGACAUCAGUGUGGACCCCGACAAGGUGAUCCAUCUGUGGUUCGAGGAGUUUGCGUUGGAGGACACCCAGCUCUGCAUGUCAGACUUCAUCACCCUGAGAGACUCUCUGGGAACCAUUGGUAAAUACUGCGGCUACACCAAACCGAAGCCGCUGGUGUCACUUACCAACCACCUGAAGGUGUACUUUGACACCAAUGACAGAAAAACGGACCAAGGUUUCAAGGCUCAAUACAAAGCUGUGGAUCCGAAGCUCGCACCAGAAAUAGCCGGAGCUGGUGGCUUUCUCCAAGGUGACCAGGGGACUCUGAUGACCCCCGGCUCCCCGGAGAAGAACUACCUGAGUGGGGCGCUAUACCAGUGGAAAAUCACGGUGCCCGAAGGCGAGAAGGUUCGACUCACAUUUACUUUCUUUGACCUGGUGCCUGAGGUCUGCGGAGAUUUUGUUGAAGUCUACGAUGGCGACAAGGCCGGCUCCUCUUCAUUCAGUAAAUUCUGUGGAGGGAAGAUGCCAAAGCCAGUGGAGUCCAGUAGCAACACAAUGGUGGUCCGCUUCAAAUCGGACAACAGUUUGGCCUCUAAAGGAUUCAUAGCCACUUUUACCAAGUCCAGCCUUCCACCUGUUGUUACUACCCCGACCCCUCGACCCACCACACCCAGACCCUCCACCACGCAAACACCUCCCCCCACAACUUCCGCAGGUGGUGGUCCAGUCAUCCUUCACGGCCGUAAAGGAGUGAUCCAGUCCGUGGGUUUCCCAAAUCCCUAUCCUGCUCAUCUGAACAGCUCCUGGAUGAUAUCUGUGCCCAAAGGAUUCCUGGUCAAACUGCAGAUCACUGAAAUGGCCAUCACAGGAGAGCCGGGACAAUGCAAGGGGGACAAACUGGUCAUCUCAGAUGGUUACAGCACGUUAGGGACACACUGUGGCAACUUGCUGCCCCCGGUGGUGGUCGGUGCUGGUGACACAAUAUCUGUCACCUUCCAGUCCGACGGUCGACUCACAGACCGAGGAUUCUCCGCGAGGUGGGAAGCCGUGUAUGCUGAGGACAUCGCAGAAAUUCAGGGCUGUGGCAUUUCUUCCAAAGAGGAAACGGGGGUUAUUAAGUCCCAGAACUGGCCUAUGAACUACAAAGCUAACGCCGAGUGCAUGUGGAACAUCGCUUUGCCCUUCGGCAAAAAGAUCACACUCACGUUCACCCACUUUGACCUCGAGGCCAAAGAUCUCAUGACCUCCAAGUGCUUCGAUAAUAUGAUGGUGUACGAGCUCAGUGGUUUGACUAACGCGCUGCUUCAAACGCACGGUCCAUUUUGUGGGACUAAGCUGCCUGGUACCAUCCAAUCAAAAGGCAGCAGGCUGGUGGUUCGUUUCCAUAGUGACCUGUUUACUGAGUCCAAAGGCUUCAGAGCCUACUGGACAACAAACCCCAGUUUACCUGCUCCCACUGAGCCACCUGCUCCGGCCAACCCCUGGGAAAGCAUCCCCAUAGACUGGCCGAGUACAUGCGGUAAACCCACCGUUCCUCCUGUGGUUGAGUCCCGCAUUGUGAAUGGAGAGGCAGCUAAGCCUCACUCCUGGCCCUGGCAAGUGUCCAUGCAGGUCUGGCCGGCCAGUCGUCCAGAGCCCACGUUUCUCCACACCUGUGGUGGUACCCUGAUUCAUAAGAACUGGGUACUCACUGCAGCUCACUGCUUCAUAAACUACGCCGAUGAGCUGCCGCGUUGGCGCAUGUGCCUCGGCAAACACAACCUGACCUACACAGAGCCGACCGAACACUGCUUCAAUGUGUCUGGUAUCUAUCGCCACGAGGGCUUCAAGUACCCCACAGUGCCCACGGUGGAGUUUGACAUUGCACUGGUCAGGUUGGAUGGGGAGGCGGUGGCCAGUAAUGAGAUCUCGUACGCCUGCCUUCCGUCAGAGGAGGAAGUUCUUCCCGGGGGCAAGAAGUGCUACGCAACUGGCUGGGGAGACGAGACAGGUGAUUCGAUGAAUGCAAAAGUUGCAGAGGCCCUUAACCAGGUGGCCCUGCCUGUUGUGCCAUAUGACACCUGCAAAAGGAUGGAUUACUGGUGGUUCCAAGUCAAGACCUCCAUGAUCUGUUGUGGUUAUACCCUGCCUGAUGAGCUCAAGUCUGUCUGUCAGGGAGAUUCAGGUGGUCCUCUGGUGUGUCAGGAUACCCCCGGUGGUUCUUGGGAGAUUCAUGGCAUAACGAGCUUCGGUCCUAUUGGAUGUGUUAUGAAUAAGAAGCCCUCUGUGUUCACUCGAUCUUCUGCCUACCUCCCCUGGAUCCAAAAUGUCAUCCGCAGAGACAUCUACAAUGAGCACACAUCUGGGUGUGGAGGACCAAAGGACCUGUCUGGCACAGAAGGCACUUUGUCCUCUACGGAUAACCAUGGCAGCUACAACAACAAAGCCCGAUGCCAGUGGAACAUCCAGGUGCCACUCGGCAAACUAGUCCACAUCCAUUUCCACAAUUUUUCCCUGGAGCCGAGUCAGUUGUGCCUUAACGAUAAAGUCAGCCUCAGAGACAGAAUAGGAAGUCUAGGCACACACUGCAGCGAUGUAGUCCCUCAGGACCUGGUGAGUGACGGAAACCGUCUUCACAUCAGCUUCUCCUCCAACGACAAGGUGGUGGACACGGGUUUCUCUGCCGCCUGGAAGGCAGUGGACCCAACGGAGGGUCCUUGUGGAGGCAGCUUCAGCAGUGCUCAGGGUGAAAUCACUUCUCCCAACUGGCCGAAUGACUACAGCGCCCAGUCUGUGUGCACGUGGCGUAUCACCAUUCCCUCAGCAAAAAGUAUCCAUGUAGCCUUUACCCACUUUGAGCUGCAGGCCUCAAACGUGUUAGGAAACUGUGUGGACUACGUGGAGAUCUUCCACGGUGAAAGCAUGACAUCAAUAGGUCGAUUCUGCGGCUUUGCUCCUCCAGCCAGCAUCGCCCCCCUUAGCAGCCCAGUCGUCAUUCGCUUCCUCAGUAACGGUGCCAAUCAACAGAAAGGUUUUCGUGGUUACUGGACCACCGAUGCCGGUGUUAUCCCAACUUUACCUCCAUCACCUAAUGGCACCUGGGACAGCAUCCCUAUCGACUGGCCAGCAGAUUGUGGAAAGCCGGCAGUGACACCCAACACAAGACCCGUGAGGGUGGUCAACGGGGAGCAGGCCAUCCCGCACUCGUGGCCUUGGCAAGUCUCCAUGCAGGCUUCACCGUUGUUUCCGAUACCGUACAUGCACGGUUGUGGAGGUUCUCUGAUUCAUAAAGAUUGGAUCCUAACUGCUGCUCACUGUUUCAUGUUCCCUCUGAAUAACCCCACCUUCUGGCGCAUGUGUUUGGGGAAGCACCACAUGAACUCCUCCAUGGACGUUCCCUCGGCAGAGCAGUGCCUUAAGGUGGAUUCCAUCAUCCGCCACGAGGGGUUUGUCUACGAGCAAGAUCGCACCGACAUCACCAAUGACAUAGCCCUGGUGCAUUUGGCCGAGCCCGUCCAAAUGACGAGGGAGAUCAGCCCCAUCUGCCUGCCCAAACCCGGGACCGUGAUGCCCGCCGGGACGCCCUGCUUUGUCACCGGCUGGGGGGAUGAGAAAGGCAACCUGUUCCCCAGAGUGUCUGAGAAGCUAAACCAGGCGGCCCUUCCUGUUGUGGACUUUGAGACCUGCAGUAAGCCCGCUUACUGGUGGGACACCCUCAGACCCUCCAUGAUCUGUGCUGGUUACGAGUCCCCAGAUGAGCUCAAGUCAGCCUGCCAGGGUGACUCCGGAGGACCAUUCGCCUGCGCUGGAACGAAGAUGAACUGGGAGGUGCACGGCAUCGUCAGCUUCGGACCUCAGGGCUGCAUCAAAGACAAGAAACCCUCAGUGUUCACCCGGGUCUCCGCCUUCAGUGACUGGAUCGACGACAACAUUAAGAAGUUUAUUUAUGAAAGUGGCAAAACCAAGUCAAGCCGACAUGUUGAAUAAAAGACUCUGCUUCAA